UGACCAUGACGCUGACCGUAUCUUUCUCGUAAGGCGGUUUGACCCGGACCUCACCCGCAUCUACAAGAUGAAGGAAGGUGGUGAGCUGGGCCGUCUCCGCAGCGUCAAUAUAUACAGCCUGGACAAACAUGUCCCGCUCAGCUACGUCAAAACAUCAGGGGGUAUAUUGGUGGACAGUGUUAUCCACAUGCUGGACUAUGUGUGUUGGUUUGUUGGGGAGCGUCCGCAGACCGUGUAUGUAUGUGGCAGCAACACCUCGGCGUACGCUGAAGACUACCAGGCGUGUGACGACCACGACAUCGCAAACAUCGUACUCACCUUUCCGGGCGGGGUGUUAGCUAACCUGACGGCGGGUAGGGAAGUCCCAUAUGGAUACGAUCAACACUUCCAGGUUCUCGGUUCAAAGAAGAUGGCAGUGUCCAAAAACUACAGGAAGUCGGAAGUGGAAGUCUGGGAUGCAAAUGGCAGUUUGGAAGACGACUUGCUGGAGUCUUUCAUUGAGAGGUGGCGCUCCAGCUAUACAAGGAUUGUACAGCACUUCAUCAAGGUUGUUCACGGGCGAGAGGAGUGCGGAGUGUCGGCGGAGGAGUGCCUUCAGAGCCUGGAGCUUGUGCAGUUGUGCCAGGAGUCAUUGAGGUCAGGCAAGGUCAUCGGUGUACCCCAGCGGAAAGCGUGAAGACACAUGUCUGAAAUUUUCGUCACAUCUCGAACCAAACCGUCUUUCGAUGGCCAUAUCACAUCACAUGUUAAUAAAUAUGAUUGGAAGUCAG